AUGAAGUUAUCGAAAGAGCUGAUGUACAUCAUCAACGUGGGCCGAGUCCUGUUCUCCGCCCCGCAUGUCUCUGAAUAUGUUGUGUCCUCAAAUGAAAGGAGCCUCAGCCCAGCCAGGGUGUCUCAGCUGGUUGGACAUCACACCAUGCACCAAGAGAACCAGUUCAUUCAGGGUCAGGACACAUGCCCUGGUUAUGAGCUCAUUCUCCAAGCCACACUUGGUAUCAGCUCAUAUACCCCAAACAGCAGCGCUGGACGAUCUGUGUUACCACACCCGGGGAGCCCCACCAUGCUGUUCCUAGUCAAGGUCAUCCUCACCCUGUGGGUCUCCUGCGCUCGUGGACAAGAGUCUUGUGGCAUGCCAGUAUUUGAGAAUGCCAGAGCCAAAAGUAAUGGCACAUGGUUUAAGGUCAAUGACAAGUUGGCCUAUGAAUGUCAGAAUGGAUAUAAAAAUGGAGAUGGACAAACCAUGGGCUCCAUAGUGUGUGGUGAAAAUGGUUGGUCUGAUACACCCACCUGUCAUGAAAGAGAAUGCAUCGUUCCCAAUAUAGAGCAGAACUUAAUUGCUCAGCCCCGGAAAGAGAAAUAUGUCAUUGGAGACGUGUUGAAAUUCUCCUGCAGGAAUAGACUCCACUCUCUUGUUGGACCAGAUUCUCUUCAGUGCUACCACUUUGGAUGGUCCGCUAAUCCUCCAACAUGUAAAGAGGAAGUACAAUCCUGUGAUCAACCUCCUCGACUCCCCAACGGGACAGUUGCACACACACCUAAAGAGGAAUAUGGACACGGUGAGGUGGUGGAGUAUGUCUGUAACCCCAGGUUCCUGCUGAAGGGCGCUAAGAAAAUCCAGUGCGUUGAUGGAGAGUGGACACCCUUGCCCGUGUGUGUGGAGGAGCACAGUACAUGUGGAGACGUACCUGAGCUGGAGGACGGCGAGGUCGUGUCCCCAGCACGGCCCUCCUAUCACCAUGGAGAGUCAGUAGCGUUCAUUUGCAGAGACGACUUUACAAUGAUUGGUCACAGCUCAGUUACAUGUAUUAAGGGAACGUGGACCCAACUGCCUCAGUGCAUUGCAACAGUUGAACUCCAGACGUGUAAAUUAUCAAAGGCAAUUGCCUCUGAGACAAAGUUGUCAGAUAGGAUGGACUAUGAGCAUGAUAUGACAAUCAAUUACACAUGUGGGAGUAUGUCAGAGCAGAAACACUCCGUCUGCAUGAAUGGAAAAUGGCAGCCUGAGGUGACCUGCACAGAAGCACCACGAUGUCCACCUCCACCUCAGAUUCCCAAUUCUCAACAUAUGACCCUGACAGUGAAUUAUCAAGAAGGAGAAAAAAUAUCCAUUCUCUGUCAAGAAAACUUUCUAAUCCAGGAAGGAGAGGAAAUCGUGUGCCAGGAUGGACGAUGGCAGUCAGUACCGCGCUGUGUCGAAAAAACUCCAUGUCCUCAACCACCUCAUGUAGAACAUGGAAGUAUUAAUUCAUCCAGAUCUUCAGAAGACGGAAGAGAAACACCGGAACCCAAGCUGUAUGCGCAUGGCACCACAUUAAGUUAUGUUUGUAAGGAUGGUUUCAAAUUGUCUCAAGAAGAUGGGAUAACAUGCCACCUGGGAACAUGGAGUGCUCCACCACAGUGUGUAGGACUUCCUUGUGGACCACCCCCUGUGGUUUCCAAUGCUGUUCUAUCUAACAGGUUAAACAAAUAUUCACAUGGGGGAAAAUACACGUAUACCUGUAAAUCCGGAUUUCGGAUCCGUGGACCUGAAUCUGUAGAAUGCUCAGGAGGAAAUUGGUCCCAUCCACCAGAAUGCAUAAAAACUAUUUGUUCUAGCCCACCCAGCUAUGGCAAUGCCAUCCUCAUAGGCCAGCCGAAGAUCUCAUAUAGGUCAGGAGAACAAGUGAGUUAUAGAUGUCCAGACUAUUACCAAAUGGAUGGAUCCAAUGCUGUAGAAUGUAGGGGCGGCAUAUGGAUAGGAAGACCCACAUGCAAAGAUCCCUCCUGUGGCAGCCCUCCCCCAGUGCAAAAUGCCUUUAUACCAGACGAGAAGCCUAGGUAUCGACAUGGGGACACAGCACGUUAUGAAUGCAGGCACCCUUUGGGCCUCUUCGGGAAUGCAGUGGUGACAUGCCUAAGUGGGAAGUGGACAGACCCACCUGAGUGCAAGGAUUCCACAGGAAAAUGUGGGCCCCCUCCCGUUAUUGACAAUGGAGACAUUACCACGUAUCCAUCAGCAGUCUACGCUCCCGGGUCUUCAGUGGAGUAUCAGUGCCAGGCCUACUAUGAACUUGAGGGAAACAGGAGAAUAACGUGCCGUGAUGGAGCGUGGUCUGAACCACCCAAAUGCUUGGAUCCAUGUGUAAUAUCAGAAGAAGUCAUGGAACAACAUAACAUAGAGUUGAAAUGGUCAGAUGCGAAAAAACUUUAUUCUAGAACAAACGAUUAUGUUGAAUUUAGGUGUCGACCUGGCUAUCGUGCAGUGUCACCAGCAUCUGCAUUCCGAGCGCAAUGUCGAGAAGGGAAAGUGGAGUAUCCCACUUGUGCGUAAAAUGAGAGCUAUGUGGCAGCUUUCACAUUAAAAUACCCGACUUCAUUAAUGUUUUAA